UUUGUGCUCGUACAAAAACCUCCCUCAGUGAGUCAUUCAGAGUGAGACCAGAGCAGGAAACAACUGCAGCUGCUCAAGAGGAACUCACAUUACUUUAUAGAGUCAAAAAAAUCUUAAAUUACACCACCCCUUUAUUCACAUUGAACUGCAUUGAUCCAUUCUUAUAUUGCCACAGAACACAUCUUCUCAUCUUGUCCUUUAUCACCAAAAAUCCCAAGGGACUUGGCAACAACUCACCUGACCCGGAUCAAACAAGUCAAUGAGGAUAGCAGAUCAAAAUGGGUAUCCUGGGGAGUACCUUCAAGACCUUUGUGCCUUUGAAAAUGAGGGAGUAUAUUAAAGAUUACAGCAAGAGGAAUGGCCUCCUAACGCUGUCCGUGUUUGCGGUGGUCACCGGCUGUGUCCUGGGCUUCUUCCUCCGUUCCCUCAACCUCUCCACUCAGGCCAAGAUCUACUUCUCUUUCCCCGGAGAGCUGCUCAUGAGGAUGUUAAAGAUGUUGAUUCUGCCUCUCAUCACCUCCAGCCUUAUGUCGGGUCUCUCAGCCAUGGACACCAAAGCCAGUGGUCGUCUGGGGGUCCUUACCAUCACGUAUUACCUGUGGACCACCUUCAUCGCAGUGAUUGUGGGGAUCAUUCUGGUGCUCAUCAUUCACCCCGGGACAGGCUCAGAGAAGGAGAACCACCACGCCCACUCCGGCCCAGUCAUGACGUCUGCGGACGCACUGCUCGACCUCAUCAGAAAUAUGAUUCCAUCAAAUCUCGUUGAGGCCACAUUUCAACAGUACCGCACAGACCUUAUUCCGAUGGUGCAAAACAACGACGUGGAAAACUCUCAGGCCAAUUUUGUGUACGUGAUGCCGGACUACCACAACCCACAACUGGGACAUCCUGUGUUCUUAGAGAUCACUCCUGCUCCAGACAUCAAAUACAAGAUGGUCCCCAGCACCAGCAAAGGCAUGAACGUACUGGGCAUCGUCAUCUUCUCUGCCACCAUGG